AUGGAGAAUGUUGACACUGGUGUGAAGAAGCUUGCUUUGGAGCUUGAUCUUGAUCCUUAUGUCAAUAGGUCAGGUGAUAUAUGGCAUAUUUCUUUGGAGAAUGCAAAGAGUUUUGUGAGCUAUUGUUAUCGCUUUAGAGGAGCUAACAGAGAUAACAGUUAUGCUGAGUGUGUUAUUUUGGACCCUUAUGCUAGAAUUGUUGGGAAUUCUUUUCCUAAUGGUAUUGGGGCGGUGGAGAACCUUGGAUUUUUGAGAAAGGAACCUGCUUUUGAUUGGGGUGAUGAUUAUCAUUUGAAUUUGGACAUGGAGAAACUAGUGGUGUAUAGGUUGAAUGUGAAUCACUUUACCGAGCACGAGUCGAGUCAACUUUCUGGUGAUUUAGCUGGGACAUUUUCUGGUUUGGCUAAAAAGUUGCAGCAUUUUAAAGAUCUGGGAGUGAAUGCUGUUCUGUUGGAGCCAGUUUUCACGUUUGAUGAGGGAAAGGAGCCUUAUUUUCCUUGUCACUUUUUCUCUCCAGUGAACCUUUAUGGACCUUCUGGUGAUCCUGAAUCUACUAUAAACUCUAUGAAAGAAAUGGUGAAAACUAUGCAUGCCAAUGGGAUAGAAGUUAUAAUGGAAGUUGUUUUCUCCAAUACUGCCGAGGAGUUCAAUCCGUGCGGGAGUACGUCGUAUAACAUUCUCCUGCACACAAAAAAAGUGCGAGGAUUUUCAGGACUUCCAAUCUGUAUGGCUAAGACUCAGUAUUCUUUCUCCGACAAUGCAGCAGCUAAAGGAGCUCCAACGGGGUUUGUCUUACCAAUAAGAGAUGUAAGGGCUAGUAUUGAAGCUGGAUUUAUUUAUCCUUUAGUUGGAACAAUGAGUACCAGGACUUAA